AAUCUGAGGACUGAACUAUGCAGAAGCAGCCCAUAAACCAGACAGGCAGAGGGACCCAGCAGAGACCAGCAAAGCCUGUAAGUCAUCACAUUCCACCAGAAACACCCAGAUGAAACCAGAUGAAAAGCACUUCAUACCCAUAAACAACUGCUGAAAUUACAAACCCGGAAACACGGCAAGUUUUACCCGCCAGAGAGACCAAAAGUGAGAUCAAGACAGCACAAUUCCUUUAGCAAAGGCUUAGGUGAAACUGGAAUCCCAGAGACCAAGAGCUCCUCCUGCUGGUCAGCAAUUCCUUAUCCGCCUGUCAGGGACUCAUUUCAUGGAGCACUACAGGUUCUUCUAUCCAAAACAUAAUUCAAUGGUUUUACCUUCAAUCUCCACCUCUGCUCUUCCUAAUUCUCUAGCACUUUUUAUCCCAUUUGGGGAGUGGAAGGAACCUUGAAUUGUAUUCCAUACUGGACCCCAGAUCUACCUGAGCAGGUUUGCUGGCAGCCUUGCAGAGGAUAUAUUUUCAUAACUAAACUUUUCUAGUUCCCACCCAAGAAAAAAAGAGCUAGCAAGAGAUAAUUGAAAUAUGGCACAGAGCGACUUCCUCUACCCAGAGAACCCAAGGAGGCGGCAGGAAGUAAACCGUCUUCACCAGCAGCUCCUUGAUUGCUUAUCUGACAGCUUCCAUGCCACCAAUAAGCUCAUAGAUGUCUUAAACGUGCACCUGGGGUGCAGGCUGGCCUUCAUUGAAAUGAAAAGAGAUGGUACCAUAAAAGAAAACUGUGAUAUCAUCAUUGAUGCUGUGACAAAAAUUCAAAAGGAACUACAAAAGGUGGAUGAAGCACUAAAAGAAAAACUAGAGCCAACCCUUUAUAGAAAACUUCAGGAUAUUAAGGAACGGGAAACAGAGAAAAUUGCAAUAGUACAAAAGGUUAUGUCAGUUAUUGUGGGAGAAGCCACAUCUGCAGCCAGUGCAGUGGCUGUUAAACUCGUGGGCUCGAACAUCGCAACUGGCAUAAUUAACAAGUUGGUCACUGUCUUAGCUCAAAUUGGUGCUUCUCUCCUUGGCAGUAUUGGAGUUGCCGUUUUGGGCCUUGGCAUAGAUAUGAUCUUCCGUGCCAUCCUGGGAGCAGUGGAGAAAACACAGCUUCAAACAGCCAUCAAAAGCUAUGAGAAGCAUCUGGUGGAGUUCAAGUCAGCGUCAGAAAAAUAUAAUAACGCCAUUACUGAGGUCAUCGAUACAGUGAAAUACCAAAUGAAAUGAAGAGUCAUUUUACUACCAAUGGAAUGUUCUUCUGCUUUCUUCUAAGUAACAGUGCUUGCUUUUUUGAUUAGGUUCUUUUUCCACGUGCUUCCCAUAUGGACAUAAAUAGGGUAAACACUUUUGAAAGAACUGGAGGUAAUAAAACGAGAUGAUUCUUGAGUUGUGCAUCAACAACAAAUGCCUGGAUCAGUUGGUGCUAAAUCAUUCCAAGUAAAAGAUUAUAUCCCAGAAUGUUUUUUCACCCUCUCCCAUAGAUCUGCACUAGGGUAAAUGUUAUCAUAAAGCAGAAGGUGGAGAGAUUACUUCUUCCUUUUCUAAACUCCUGUUAAAAUCCUUAAAACUUACAUUGAAUGCAGAUUUUCAUUUCUAUCAUUAGCUUCUGACAUCACUUAGUUCUAAAGAGACAUUCUUGCCGGGUGUGGUGGUGCAUGCCUAUAAUCCCAGCACUCAGGAGGCUAAAGCAGGAGGACUGCCACAAGUUUGAG